AUGGGCGAACAGGUGGUCAAGGGCGACACAUUCAGUUACAACAAGCACGUGCGCGAUCUACCCAUGACACAAGCUUCCAUUCCAAUACAACAUGUUGGUGUUGUCUCGUCUAUACAAGACUCAAUCAGGCGUCGUGUGCAUUCCUUACCCAGUUGUCCACAAUGGGAGUUCUCAAGACGUCUUUACAUUGCCUCUUUUGGGUUGAACAUGUUGGAUGAUGGUACCUCUGGCAGCAACAGGAUACGGAUCUCAAAGCAAGAAUGCUGUAUGGUUGGCUCAAUGCAGCAGCACAUACUGGAUCGGAUGGAUACAAGGUUAUUUGCAAGCAUCAAUGGAAUGGUAUUGGGAAUACCACAAGUGGCAGAGCCUCUUUCGGCGAUACUAUUAUUAUCAAGGCUGCACGUCAAGGAUGUCAUUGUAUAG